AAUCUGUAUUUGAAAUAUUAUAAUUCUUGCAUUACGAAGGGGAUACUUUUAAAUUUCACGAAGAGAUCAUAUGAAAAUAUUUUGAUAGAAUUUUGCAAUAAUAGAACGAGAAAUUAUAAGUUUAUACUAUUUCUUGUACGGUUUACUAAAUGUAUCUUUAAUACUGCGUUGUGAUUGGUUCAUUUGAAAUUCAACUGAAUCUUUGUCGGGGUAGCAAACUAUUUUUCUAUAGGAAUUAUAUUUAAUUGAUAAAAUGGAUCAUUUUCAUUCAGUAGAUACAUCACAUUCAGAGAAGAACUCAGAAUGUACGAAAACUGUUCAUAAACGGCGAUCUUCUGUUUUUCAAAGUCGUACAAUAACAUUUAACGAAUAUGAAGGUAUACAGUGUGUAGAAGAUGAAAAAACUGUUGAUGCUGAAGAUGUAAUAAAAUGCGUAUCUAAAAUAUCGCCAGAAAAACCUAUAGAUUUAGAAGAAUAUAUAAUUAAUUUAAGAAAUGAAAGAAAAGAAUGGAUAGAGACAUUAAAGCAAAGGAAAGCACAACGAAAAAAUCUUGCAAAGCAAAAAUUAUAUUCAGAGAAUCGAGGACAACUUUUAGAUUUGAAUGUUUUAGCAGAAUAUGAGAAAGCCUUUGUUACAGCCCGGCCAAAUUAUCAACAUAUCUACAGAAAUUAUAAGAAACUGUCAGAUAUAGUUGCAAAGACAUCGGUAUUGUAUAAUCUAACUUACAAAUUAAAUCAAAGAUUUGUUCGGCAAAUGGAAAGAAGACUGUGUAAGGUUAAUGACAAAAUUAUUGAGAUAAUAGGCUCAUGACAUUAGAAAUACCAUUUUAUAUUGUAAAUAAUUUUUAACACAAUAUUAAUUAUGGACAUAAUGGGAAUGUAUAAUUUUUUUACCUCUGUAGAUAUUAAAAUAAAUAUAACGAUACAUAAAAUAAAUAAAUAAAUAAAUGUAUAUAUAUUCAACAAGAAUAAAUUCUAAACAAGAAUAAAUAACUGGACAAAUAAGAA